AUGUGUCACAAGUACAGCAGAUAUCUUGGAGUCAUGAAUUUACUCAAAACAGAACGCACGUUCUUUGCAGCAACACAAAACGGAGGGGGGGGGACGGUCAGGGGGGGGCUGGGUGCGGCGGGGGGGGGGGGGGGGAGGGGUAGCGGUGGGGGUGGGGGGUGGGGGGGCGGAAUUAUUGGGGGGGGGGGUGGGGGGUGGCGUGAGGGUGGGGGGGGGGCGGGGGGGGGGGGGGUGGGGUUCGAGG